AUGACAGAUGGCGUAGCAAUGUUGACACGUGCUAAGGAAAAUUUAAUUUUUACGAUGAGUGCAUUAUCGGAAAUGCAACGAAUUGCUUUAUCACAAUCUAAACGAGAAUUCAUUCAAAUGUGUUCAUUCAAUGGAAAGGAAUGUGAUAUUAAUGCUGACUUUAAAUUACAUGUUGAUCCAGCAUUCGGAAAUUGUUAUACAUUCAAUUGGGAUAUAAAUAAUAAUUAUUCAAGCAGUAAAGCUGGCCCAAUGUAUGGAAUUCGAUUACUCUUAUUUGUUAAUACGUCUGAUUAUAUGGCAACAUCCGAAGCUUCUGGAAUACGAUUAGCAGUACAUAGUCCAACGGAUUUUCCAUUUCCGGAUACAUUUGGUUAUAGUGCACCUGUUGGUUUUGCUUCUUCAUUUGGCCUGAAAAAGCAUGUCGUCAAAAGAUUAUCCGCACCAUAUGGUGAUUGUCAACGAGAAAAGAAAAUGAAUUCAAGUUUUUACAUUUAUGGCGAUUACGAUUAUAAUCCAGAAGGAUGUCAUCGAAGUUGUUUUCAAAAUGCACUACUAGAAAAAUGUGGUUGUGGUGAUCCUCGUUUUCCGGUUCCGAAAGGAAAAACACAUUGUUCCGCUUUUAAUGCUACAGCAAGAGAUUGCUUAGAACAAGCAAUUGCUGAAAUUGGUGAUUUUCAUCACAUUAUGGAUAGUCUUACAAAUUGUCAAUGCAAGCAAUCAUGUGAACAUGAAAUUUAUGGUGUCACCUUUUCUGCUUCUAAAUGGCCAUCCGGUGCUAGCGAUCUUGGAAAUUGUGAACCAAAUAUGAAUGAAGAAGAAUGCAGGAAAUUUUAUAGAGAAAAUGCAGCAAUGGUUGAAGUUUACUACGAGCAGCUUAAUUAUGAAUUACUAAAAGAAUCUGAAGCAUAUGGUCUUGUCAACUUAUUAGCUGAUGUUGGUGGCCAUCUUGGUUUAUGGAUGGGUUUCAGUGUAAUAACGAUAAUUGAAUGUGCGGUAUUGUUCAUUGAUUUGAUAACAUUAUGUUGUAAUAGGUUGAAAGAAAGACAAGAAAUUAAAAAAGGACAGUAA